CGAUACCGCACAACACCAUCACAAACAAAAGAGAAAAUAGUUUUACAUUUAAGGAGCAUGUAAAGCCAGAGCGAGGAGUCUAGAGGCAAUCUGCCGUUGUUUCUGUUGCACGCGCUCAGUCGUGCUUCUCUCUUCGACCGCGCUCGCGAGAUUCUUCAGCGCUGAGCCUCUGAUCCGCGCUUCGGGGUGGACGCACUUCCCUCUCCCGCAUUUAAACAGCUACCUUUAUCUUCCCGCUCCAUCCACGGACAUCCAUCAGAAGCGCCAGAAUAAAGGGAGUCUCAUAUCCGCUGUAUCGGACCACUGGAUUUGGGUUGACGCCGUGGGAACAGAGGAGGGGGUCUUCACCAUGGAUUCUGACUUUUUAAACACUUAAAAACCUACACUUUGAAAAAGCCUGUAUAUAUUUAGUUUGUCGCUUCGCGUUAGGUCAGAUCUUUCCCGAUUCUUCUUUACCAAUUGGGAUGUUUCCAGUGCAAAAUUGCGUGUGGUGAGAGUAAGCUACCUUGAAAGACUGUGAAGAAACGCGAGAGGGACUGAGGAGAGAAAGUAAGAUCGAGGGAUUAUGGCUCUCUUCGCGCUCCAUCUCUUUAUUCUGACGUUCACCUGCUCAAACUUUGACCUGGUGAAUGCGGCCAGGCACGCGGUACACUGGAACAGCUCAAACAUACUACUUCGUAAGGAGGGCUACACAGUGCAGGUGAAUGUGAAUGAUUAUCUGGAUAUCUACUGUCCUCACUACAACAGUAGUCAGAGGGGCGUAGCAGAGCAGUACGUGCUCUACAUGGUCAGUUAUCGUGGCUACCGCACGUGUGACCCACAGCUGGGCUUCAAACGAUGGGAGUGUAACCGCCCCCACGCACCCCAUGCACCAAUCAAAUUCUCUGAAAAGUUCCAGCGCUACAGCGCCUUUUCACUCGGCUAUGAGUUUCAUGUUGGCCAGGAGUAUUAUUACAUCUCCACACCCACUCAUCACCACAGCCGCAGCUGCCUGAGACUAAGAGUGUAUGUGUGCUGCUCAACAGCAUCUGAUUCAGAUGAUGAGCCCCAGCCCACUGAGCCAGACUACACUUUAAGACCUAACAUCAAAAUUGAUGACCUCGAUGACUAUGAUAAUCCAGAGGUUCCCAAACUGGAGAAGAGCAUCAGUGGUAGCAGCCCAUCCAGGGAUCGCCUUCUCUUGACCGUUGCGUCACUUUUCUUCAUUGCCCUCUCUGUCUCCUAGCAUCCACCUCUUAACUGUCGCUACACCAACGAGGCCUUGGGGGAAGAAAGGGUCCAGGGCCAGCGUGUUUGCGAAUAAAGACGUAGGAAAAAGCUGGAACACUUCAAAAGCAAUGGAAGUCAACAAAAAAGAGAUGAUAAACUUGUUUGGAAAGAUACUACAGCAGCUUGCUGAGUGUUGAGCACCAGCCCACAACUAAACAAUGCUAUUUAUGUCUUACAAUAAAAAAAAAAGACAAUACUAUUACAAUACUAUUACAGAAUUGCAACAUGCAAUGUUGAGAGUUGUGCCAUUUCGGUUACAAAAGAUGUACUUUGUGCGUGCAUGAGUGUUUAGGCAUUUGUGCGUGACGCCGUCUGUGCAGACCUUUCCUUCACUCUGAAGGGUUGUUUGCUCCAUUAUCUGUGGAUUGGCAGGUUUAACGUUUAAGAGCUUCUCAGAUUCUGUUUGAUGAGAACUAAUACAGAGAUAUUAAGUUAACAGUUUGAAAACUCAGAUUACCCUUUAGCCAAACUCGGCAGAAAAAACAAAGCCACUUUUCAUGUAAUGUACUUCCAAGUAUUUGUUUCUCUCUCUGAGUUACUGUUACUAGAGAGAUGUACAAACUGCUGGAUGAUCAUGUAAUUGCCAUCAGGGAUGGAACGGCAAUAUUCAUUUGAUGAGUUCAAACAAGUCUGUCAUAGAAACAGAUCAACUCUAAAUCAAUUAAAAAGAAAACAACUCUAACACUAUUUUUGACUUGGCAUUGACAAGGCCAAAAAUCCAGUUACAUCUGAUUCUUAUUAGAAUCUAUGGUGAUUCCACAUGAAGGCAAGGCCAGUAACAGGUGAUUCGUUCUUUGAAGCAGAAAAUUAAGAGAGAGAAGCAAUUUUGCAAACAUAAGCAGCAACACAAACACAUUAAACACAUGAAGAA